CGGGGCAUGCCGGGAAGGUGCGCCGGCUGACAGCUGUCGCCUCCUGAUGCGGCUCGAGGGAGCUCGGCGCCAGGUCUCCUGCAGACAUACAUUAAAUGCAAGUUGACCUUCCCGAUCUGCUGGAUUUAGUAUUCUAGUGUGGAGCAUCACUGCUAAUUGCUUGAUCUCACUAUGUUUUAACAAUGGCUGAUAUUUCAACACAUAAACAUUGAGCUACAGACAAGGUUGUAUGAUACAACGUGGACUCUGCUUGAGGUACAGUUGGAUUACUGAUCGGAUAUCUGAUCCAAGGGGGAAACGUUUUGAGAAUAGCGUCUAUUAGAUAUUAAAUUGCAUUAUCUGUGCGCAAGUCAAUAUGGAACAGCAGGCAGCUCCUACCAUCUUAUUGAAUGUGAUGGAUCAUAUACAAGUUUCUGAAUUGGAAGAUUCAAUGUUGCAGAGCCUAAUAACCCCAAGCCCUCGAAGUGAAAUGGUUGCCCAUGAAUUCCAAGAGCUGACACUACAGACAAAUCCACACCUUCCACCUUUGAACGAGAGGAAGAAUGUACUGCAAUUAAAGCUGCAGCAGAGAAGGACACGAGAACAACUGGUGGACCAGGGAAUUAUGCCACCAUUGAAGAGUCCAGCUGCAUUCCAUGAACAAAGGAAAAGUUUGGAACGAGCAAGGACUGAGGACUAUCUGAAACACAAGAUACGAAGUCGACCUGAGAGGUCUGAACUGGUCAGAAUGCAUAUAUUAGAAGAGACCUUGGCAGAGCCUUCACUGCAGGCCACUCAGAUGAAGUUGAAAAGAGCCAGACUGGCAGACGAUCUGAACGAAAAGAUCGCUCAGAGACCAGGUCCAAUGGAACUUGUGGAAAAGAACAUUCUUCCUGUGGAUUCCAGUUUAAAGGAAGCAAUUAAAGUUGGCCAAGUGCACUAUCCCAAAACUUUAGACACAUUUUCAUUUGAUGAUGACAGCAGUGACGCCUUAUCUCCAGAGCAGCCAGGGAGCCAGGAGUCUCAAAGCUCAGCUCCUUCUCCAGGGGAAACCAAAGUGACAGAAUCAUCCUCCUCCUCCUCAUCUUCACCUGUACCAAACACUAUUAUUCAGUACCAUCCACAGCCAAUGCCAGACUUUCUCAAACCUGCCCCUCUGCCUGAUCAGCAAGGUAUACGCUCAAUCAGUACUACAAUGACCACAAGUACGGUUGUCUCAACUAAACCUGCUCCAACCCUCAUUAAGCAAAGCCAACCCAAAACUGCAAACGACAAGAACCGGAGCAAGAAAAACAAGGAUCUGAAACCCAGAGUGAAGCAGCUGAAGUACCAUCAGUAUAUCCCACCAGACAAAAAGCAUGAGAAAAUUGAACUUCCCAUGGAUACAAACUAUUCCCGGCUUCUGCAACAACAGCAGCUUUUCCUCCAGCUGCAGAUCCUGAGUCAACAACAGCAACACUACAAUUAUCCAGCCAUUCUGCCUGCACCGCCAAAGUAUGUAGCACAUACCAGGUCAUGUAAUGAUAACCAGCCAACUAGCAGCAUAACCACAUCCACUACACUGGCUAACUGUGCACCAGCAUUAUCAUCACAUGUCACACUGCACAACAGCACACCAUGCUGGAAGUUGGGAACUCUCCCCUCUAAUCUGGAUGACAUGAAGGUUGCAGAACUGAAGCUGGAACUGAAGUUACGAGGACUGCCAGUGUCUGGUACUAAAAUGGACCUCAUAGAGAGGUUAAAAUCUUACCAAGACUUAAGCAAUGCUGCUGUUAGUGCUGCCGUAGUGACAGCCUCCAACUCUACUAUUGCAAGAAAUCAGUUGACGGCUGCAUUUCCUAUUGCUGCUCUUAGCAAUGUCAUGACCACCACAGAAGCAACCGUUACAACAGCAUCAAACAAUUUCCAAUUCUAUGAAAAUGCAGCCUCUCCAUCUCCUACCUCUCCAGCUCCCUCAGAGCAGUCUAACAUCAGCACCGAUGAUAGCAAUCUCACAGAUAUGUUUACUGAGCUGGUGACCAUGGUGUCUCCUUCACAGCUCACAAUCCAUGCUUCACCUGUGAAUGCGACGGUUAAUGAAGAUAGCACAGGGGUGAAUGGGGCAACAAACCAUUCAAAUUCUCAAGGUGCUAGCUUGGCGAGUCUAGAUGCUGAUGCUACUGAAAAGGACCGAAAGCUUCAGGAGAAAGAGAGGCAAAUCAUCGACCUCAAGAGGAAGCUUGAGCAGGAACAAAAGUUGGUGGAAGAACUGAAGAUUCAAUUGGAAAUUGAGAAACGAUGUCAGCAUCAACAAUCGGUGACCGUAAACCAGCAGCAAUUGGAAACUCCUGUCAAAGAGGAACACAGUCUCUCCAACUGUCCUAUUUCAAGACAGCCAGCAACAGCACCCAAUCAACCUCUGGGUCCAUCAACCAUAACUAAUCUUGGCACAUGCAGUCAGAAUGCAAUGAAACAAAAUGGUUUGCUUGUGAAGCAGGAAGGCUCAGUGGCAACAGCAGGACAACAGAAUGCGGUCUCUCAGUUUUAUGUAAACCCAGCAAGACAAACACCAACUACAGUUAUUGCCCAGGCCCAACCUCAUGCUUUAUUGACCACUCAGACUGGAACCCAGCUUUUAUUGCCAUUGGCCAUCCAAGCGCAGAAUGCAAACCCUUCCAGCGAGUCAAAGCAUUUACAUGCAGGAAAUAUUAAACUGCAGUCUCAUUCACAAGCCCAGGUGCAGAUACCAAUCGCUGUCCCAACUUCUGCUCCAGUCCAGUCUUCAGGCUCUCAGAAGCAGCCACAACCAUCAGAACCUGUGCCCCAACAUAGUUUGUCCCAGAACCCACAGAUUACAAAGGUUUUUGCAUCCACGUCAACAACGAAUAUAUUUACAAAUCACAUUCAGACAGCAGCAACAGUGCAGCAAUGUUUCAUAAACAAUUCAACAGGGAAUGUGCAUCAUCCAAGGAUCAGCAGUGUUAAUGCAUCACUGAAUGGACCCAACUGUGUACACAAGUCCAGACCAUCUUCCCCACCUCAGUCUCAACAGCAGUUAGUAAUCCAACACCAAGUUUUUAGCAACUCUGUUUCAAAGGCAAAAGAACUCCCUCGAUAUGAGGAAGCGGUCAAGCAGACUCGCAAUUUAAAACAGCAGGAGGUCUUUAAUGCCCACAGUCAGCAGAUGGAUGAUCUUUUUGAUAUCCUCAUUGAGAGUGGAGAGAUUUCGCCCAUUGUAAAAGAAGAAUCAUUGCCUGCUACCAAGAUGAGAGCCGUGGUAGCCAACAUCUCCUCUUUGCCAGUGAAUGCAGCAUUGUCUCGACCACCACCACAAGUUCAGAUGGCACCUCCUCCACUGUCCCUUGAAUCAGCAAAUGAUCUCACAGUUGGUUCAGAAAAUCAACUUGAGGCCUUUCUGGAUGGCACAUUGUCAUCUGGUGCCGAUAUUCCUCAAAUGGCAAUGAGCCAAGAGGGCUCAGACUCUCUUCCUGUCAUGGAGGAUCUUCAGAAUGAUCUACUGAAUACACCCAGCAUUCUAGACCAGCAUCAUUCUGCCAUGGACACCUGUGAUAUGCAUUUCAAUGCAGAAAAUUCUUGCCUGAACUUGGACCUUCCAGACACUAAUUUGGACAAUAUGGAUUGGCUGGAUCUGACGAUGCCGGCUUCCACUACAGGACUCACUCCCAUUAGUAGUGCUGCUCAUAGUGUGUUUUCCACUGACUUUCUGGAUGGUCAUGAUCUUCAGCUACAUUGGGAGUAAUACAACCGGGCUCUUGGUGGUACCCAAACAAAAUCUAUAUGCUCUCUUAGUGUUGUGUGUCAGUCAUCUAGUAAUGGUUAGUACUCUAAUGUAGUAACAAAACAAGCCAAGUUGAGAUUCUCUGGUCCAGUCCACUUUAUUGUCUCUAGAUAGAAGAGUGGGCAGUGGCAAAAUGUGAUGAUUCAGGGCAAACUGACAAUCCUACAGUCUGGCCGUUUUGUGGCUUUGUAUUUUUAUGUAAUGUUUUCUUUGGUGUCACUGGCAAUUACUGUUCUGCUGAAAUGAAGAUUGAAAUUGAAGAGAAUUUCUUCUUCAUGCAAGUGAACUUUCCCGCAGGGUGGUCUGAGCCAAAAUGCAUGGUAUUGUGAAGUUUAUUACACUGGCUGGUUCAGUGACUUCUUUUUAUCAGUCUGGGUGAACUAUUCCAUUCUUUCGAAUGCAGAAAUGUUUUGAACUAGUUCAUCUUUUCCUACUUUGUACAUUUUAUUUCAGUGCUCUUUUCAUCCAUGUUUUCAACCAUUUUAUUACACUAAAGUGAUGUGUCCAGGGCAAAAACUAUCCAGUUUAGAAUCACCACGGAUUCAGAACCUGUGGUAAAUUUUAGAUGUAGUUGGAUCAAUAUUAAUUCUGAAAAGCCAUGUAUGAAACAAAUGUCAGCCAGAGGCUUUUCUCUUAUUUCAGGCAAGUAACUUUUUAUUGGAAUAUGUACAUUUCAGUACAAAUUAAUAAGCCUGUAGUACAUUGUCUCUUAUCAGUCCACCUGUCAAUUUUGUAACUGAUUGUCUCCUUCAUUAUGCAAAGAUGGACAAGGGGCUUGAAGCUCUGUAACUGUUAAAGCAAGCCCUCAAAAAGACGAAUGAUUAGCACGAGUUAUUCUGAUGCCAAACAUGUACCCAUGCCAUUUUUUGUUAAAUUUGGAUCAGAUCCUUUAACCAGGAGAAAAGAUUUAACUUGUGUAUUUUUUUAAUGUAAAACUGAGCCCAUUUAAUUAUUUUUGGAGGCUGUUCCAAACUGCACCAGUGAUGAGAGAAUUCAACAGUGCUAACAUAAUAUAUUCUUUCAUAAUUUGCAAAAUGCCAGCGCAGAGUUUGAACCAGUGGUUUUUAAAGGCCAUCUUUUUGAAAAUAUAUUGAGAGAGCAGUGUUCAGCCAUUUAAAAAUGUACGGUAUUCAUGUUACUGCUGUGUGAUAUCCCCCUAAUCAAGCUGCUUCCUGGUUCUGCUCCUUCCUCAAAAACAGGACUUGCCAAACACUUAAUGAAUGGAAACAGUUUAAUGACAGAAUGUGUCUUAUUUAAAGGGAAUGAUUUCACUUACCAACCAAAGGGUUUAAAAUGUAGGAAGUGAAGAUUUGUGUUCAAAGAAAGACAGCAAUGUUAAAAUUAAAGCGGGACUAAGCAUUUUGAGAGGGAAAUUGAAUUGUCUAUAUUUUACAAGUGAAUUAAGUUAAUAGAUGUAUAAAUUGAACAGAAAUCAUUGCCUUUACAGUACAGAUAGUACAGUACAAGCCAUUUAACUUCAGAUGAAUCAGCACUUGACAGAAUGUGAAUGGUUAAUUGAUGUUAUGCUGUCCAGUCUACCCUCAAUAAUGAUUUAUGAAUCUGAUGGUUAAUUUUAGAUAAUUUGGGAUUGUUUUCUCUUCUGAGGUGUGGUGCAAUCCAGUUUAAAAGUCACGAAUUUGGAGUUUGAACGUAUGUGUGUUUGAAAGUUACUUAACUAUGACUAAUCCCAGAUGGAGCCCAUUCAGUUUGUUUGCAGUGAGGUGAUCUUUGAAGGAUUGUUGAUUCAGCCUGUUGUUGAAUAUUUGUUAUAGUCCACUUUCGUGCUUCUUGAUGGAAGUUUGGCUAAGCAAAAUAUUACAGAGCAAAUUGAAAGCCAAAUGUUUCCAAAAAUGUCUUGUCAGAGUAACACUGAUUACAUAAUUGGCUUUUCUGUGUUUUUGCACAGCUGCUGAAAAUUAAGAUUAGCAAUGUGCCAAAAACCAAUAUUUCAGAAUGAGGAACAGCAACAAAAAAAACCCACAGUACCAAAUUAUUAUGGUAGCUGAUAGUCUUUUCUCAUUUUGUCCAGCUUGCAACUUGCUUGAAAAUUUCUUCAGGAGAAGUGAGGUUUCUUUCAACCUUGGGAGAGUGUAAAUUAAUUUUACACUGAGAUAGAGUGUAAGGAGUCUUGCUGAUAGAUGGACACGUUGGACUGAAUUUUGUGGCAUGGUUCGUGAUCCCAACUUUGGCUCAGUUCUGGGUCAGGAACUUUAGCAGGUGGUCAGGCACAAAGAUGUUACUUUGGGUGUGGCUGUCAGUUUCCAGCAUCUGUCGAUGUGUUUGUCAGUUGGAAUAGCAGCAGUGGGGCUUGGGUGCUGUUCAGUAGGACUGCAGCACGAGCCCAGAUCCUCCAGCUUUCUGCUUGAGGACGGCUAAGCUGACAAAUUAAUAAAACACUCCAAAUGUUUUGCAUCUCAGUCGUCCCUUUGUGUCUACUCCAGGCUCCUGACCCAGGUGCAGACAAUUCCAACAAUGUUCAAAAUCAGAGUAUGAAGAGAAGUACGUUUGGGACUGAAUAUGUUAUGAACCCAGCCUGACAAAAUUCCAUCGAUAUUUGCACAUUCUUUUUCCCCUUACCUUCAAAUUCAUUUCCGUGGCUCUGGGAGAAUUGCAGCGCAUCACAUCAGAAUAGGCAACAUUGUUCAGACUGCUGUGGUAGAUCCCAGGAUCUGCACAAAAAUACCUGGAAAUUUACCAUUGCUUGCUAAAGGACAACAGGCACCUAAAGAAUUGUUUUUUUUAAAAAGAAAUAUGAAGGGAUCUUAUAUUUUUGUGCCAGAAUAUAUUUUCUAGUUGUUGAUAGAUUAAUUUCUCAAAUUCAGUGACAUUGAAAAGAUCAUAUACUCGGUUUAUUAUUUUGGAAUUAUGAAUGACCCUUUGUUUUGAAAGGGUUAUAGUGUUUAACUAUUUGUGAAAACAAAGAAUAGAGCAGACUGUCUAUUCCUAAAUUAAAUUACCCAACAUUAAAUCCAAAACAAUAGAAAUCUAAUUAGAUUUUCUUUGCUAACAGUUGAUUUUUGUGAAUAAGGCAGUUUCACUUAUUGAACUGCACUGAAAUACUUAACUUUUGCCAAGUGGAAGCCAAUAAUGAAAAGUAAACCUUCACGGGUAAAUGGAAUGAAGUAUAUAUUUUACAAAAUAAUCAUGUUGGUUUCAGAAUUGUAUGGUUGGGGAAAUCAAAGGGUAGGGUAGACUAGAUUUGUCUUUGAUCUGGGAAUGUAAACUUUCGAUAAUCGAAAGAGUUACCAAAGAGAGAAACUAGCUUUACUCCUGAAUAAGUUAUGAGUACACCUCCACAGUAAAUCACUUUCAAAAGUCGACAUUAUUGGCAAGUUUACAUUUUGUAGGAGAUGCUUUUGAUGACCGUCUGUGUCUUGGCAUCUCAAUUUCAUUGGUGACAAGACUCCAAAAUCUUGUCCAUUUACCACAGGUUAUUUUGUAUAGUAUUUGGGGGUCCAGGAAAAAUGUAAUAUGUGUGGUGUUCUUCUAUAUCAAACCAUGAUGCCUUUGUAAUCACUAUCUGCACCUGUGAGAAAUUCCAUAUCAUGUUCAAAUACUGUUUUGUUUUGCACAUUUGUAUAUAUGUAAUGCAUAUUUUUAUAUGUGUGAGUACAUUUAUCUGCAAAAGCCAUGUAAAUAUUAGCAAUGUUGUAGUUACUGAUGAUAUGUAUCUCAGCAAUUUUGCAUUACUGCUGUGUUUCAAUAAAAUGU